GUGUGGCGUAGCACUUCCCGUGAGGCUGUGCGCCUCCGUACGGCAAUAUGGCGGCGCCCCGCCCGGCAGCGGUGGCCGGGCUGGUGCAGUACGUGGUGCUGCGGGGGGACUUGGCCCGGCCGCCGCUAGCGUGGCCGCUGGGCGCGGUGGUGGCACAAGGCUGCCACGCCGCCCUCGCCGCCUCUCACACGCACAGCGAGCACCCGGACACUCGCGCUUACCUGGAGAUGGGCGGCGCCAUGCGCACCGUGGUGCUGGAGGCUCCAGAUGAGGCUGCACUGAGGGCACUGGCAGAGACCCUGAACCAGCACAGCAUUGAUCACGCGCUGUGGAUGGAGCAGCCCGAGAACAUGCCCACCUGCCUGGCACUCCGGCCAUACCCAAAGGACCAAGUGCACCAACACCUGAAGAAGUUCAAGCUGCUGAAGUGAGCAUGGUGAGGCAUAGUCUGCUCUCCAAGGAAAGCUGCUGUGUUUCAGGAGUGCUGUGCUCACGCUCGGCACAUGUAACCUCUCCUCGCCUGGCAAUAGCGGUCGCACAGUGUGGAACGACUCUUUAUUGGGGAGGAUUAAAUGUUUUCUGUGUAGAACAUGACUGUGUUUUGUGUUACCCUCCUUGUACAUCUUCCCUUUCCAGCACAAGCAAACUUUCAGGUUCUGCUGCAUUUGAAAAAUGUCUCUAUGAUUGUUUUAGAGUGAUAUUUCCAUUAGAAUUUAUCCAUCCAUCCAUCCUGGGCUGCAUCCAAAGAAGCAUGGUCAGCAGUUCAAGGGAGGGGUUUCUCCCCCUCUACUCCACUCUUGUGAGACCUCACCUGGAGUCUUAUGUCCAGUUCCAGAAUCGCCAGCAUAAGAAAGAUAUGGAACUGUUGGAAUGGAUCCAGAGGAGGCUUGUUCAGCCUGGAGAAGGCUGCUGGAAGAUCUUAGAGCAGCCUCCAAGUACUGAAAGGGGCUCCAGGAAAGCUGGGGAGGGGCUCUUUCCAAGGGCCUGCAGUGCUAGGAUGGGGGGAAUGGCUUUAAAUUGCAAAGGGAAGAUUUAGGUCAGACAUUAGGAAGAAAUUCUUCAUGCUGAGGGUGAGGAGGCCCUGGCUCAGGUUGCCCUGGGGAGCUGUGGUUGCCUCCUCCCUGGAGGUGUCCAAGGCCAGGUUGGAUGGGGCUUGGAGCAACCUGAUCCAGUGGGAGGUGUCCCUGUCUAUGACAGAGGGAGUUGGAACUGGAUGGGCUUUAAGGUCCUUUCCAACCCAAACCAUUCCAUGAUUCUCUGAAACCAGAAGCAUGAGCUCCGUAAGCGGGUCCUGGCUUCAGGCACAGCUGGUGACACUGGCCUUCCCUGCAGAUUUGCUGGUGGUUCUCCUCCUGGAGUAGCCUCUCCCACCUACACCCCUCGCUCCAUGGCUGCGUUGCUUUUUCUUCUUGCACCAGGAG